GCCGCGCACUGACGUCACUGUUCUGCAUGUGGCAGGAUCAAACAUCAUAAUACCCUGCAGCUUACACACAAAUAUCACUGCAUUUACAUCCAUAUAACUGAAUUCAAACGCUGACCGUGUGAACGCGCCGCAGUCAUGGUGAAGGAGCAGUUUAGAGAGACGGAUGUGGCUAAAAAGAUAAGUCACAUCUGUUUUGGUAUAAAGUCAGCGGAGCAGAUGAGGCAGCAGGCUCAUAUUCAGGUGGUCAGUAAGAAUCUGUACAGUCAAGAUACGAGUCACACGCCUCUGCCGUAUGGAGUCCUGGACCACCGCAUGGGCACCAGUGAGAAGGACAGACCGUGUGAAACUUGCGGUAAGAAUUUGGCUGACUGUCUCGGUCACUACGGCUAUCUGGAUCUGGAAAUGCCGUGUUUCCAUGUCGGAUAUUUCAAAGCCAUUGUCGGAAUCCUGCAGAUGAUCUGCAAGACGUGUUCACACAUUCUUCUCUCCAAAGAGGAGAAACUUCAGUUUCUGGAUUAUCUGCGCAGACCUGGUCUGGUUUACCUGCAGAAACGCGGACUUAAGAAGAAAAUCUCAGAUAAAUGCAGAAAGAAAACGUCAUGUGUGAACUGCAACGCGUUUAACGGCCCGGUCAAGAAAUGUGGCUUAUUGAAGAUAAUUCAUGAAAAAUAUAAAACAACGAAGAAGGUCAUCGACCCCAUAGUGUCAGACUUUCUGCAGUCGUUUGAUGUCGCCAUCGAACACAAUAAAGAAGUGGAGGCUCUACUGACCAGAGCGCAGGAAAAUCUCAAUCCUCUGGUGGUGUUGAAUCUCUUCCGGAGGAUUCCAAACGAGGAUGUUCCUCUUCUCCUGAUGAAUCCAGAAUCGGGGAAACCUGCUGACCUCAUCCUGACCCGUCUGCUGGUGCCGCCGCUCUGUAUCCGGCCUUCUGUCGUCAGCGAUCUCAAAUCGGGAACCAAUGAAGAUGACCUGACCAUGAAGUUAACAGAAAUCAUCUUCCUCAAUGAUGUCAUUAAGAAGCAUCGAAUGUCAGGAGCUAAAACCCAGAUGAUAAUGGAGGACUGGGACUUCCUGCAGCUGCAGUGUGCGCUCUACAUCAACAGUGAGCUGUCGGGCAUCCCGCUCAACAUGGCACCAAAGAAGUGGACCCGCGGCUUCGUGCAGAGACUCAAGGGAAAACAGGGCCGGUUUCGUGGUAAUCUGUCUGGAAAGCGAGUGGAUUUUUCCGGCCGAACUGUCAUCUCUCCCGACCCAAACCUGAGGAUCGAUGAGGUCGCUGUGCCGGUGCACGUUGCCAAAAUCCUCACCUACCCAGAGAAGGUGAAUAAAGCGAACAUCGAGUUUAUGAGGAAGCUGGUGCGUAGCGGUCCUGAUGUUCAUCCGGGAGCAAACUUCAUUCAGCAGAGACACAUGCAGAUGAAGAGGUUUUUGAAGUACGGUAAUCGUGAAAAGAUGGCUCAGGAGCUUAAGUAUGGAGAUGUGGUCGAGAGACAUAUGAUCGAUGGAGAUAUCGUCCUGUUUAACCGACAGCCGUCUCUGCACAAACUCAGUAUCAUGGCACACAUUGCGCGUGUCAAACCUCACAGGACGUUCCGUUUUAACGAGUGCGUGUGCACGCCGUACAACGCCGACUUUGACGGAGACGAGAUGAAUCUUCAUCUGCCGCAGACGGAGGAGGCCAAAGCUGAGGCGCUCGUCCUCAUGGGGACUAAAGCUAAUCUGGUGACACCGAGAAACGGCGAGCCCCUGAUUGCAGCUAUUCAAGACUUUCUGACAGGAGCGUACCUGCUCACUCUGAAAGACACCUUCUUUGAUCGAGCGAAGGCCUGUCAGAUCGUCGCCUCCAUACUGGUCGGGAAAGACGAGAAGAUCAAAAUCUCCCUCCCACAUCCUGCGAUUCUCAAGCCGAUCAGACUGUGGACGGGGAAACAGAUCUUCAGUUUGAUUCUCAAGCCCGGUAAAAGCUGUCCAGUGAAGGCAAACUUGCGCACCAAAGGCAAACAAUACUGCGGUAAAGGAGAGGACCUGUGUGCGAAUGAUUCAUUUGUGGUGAUUCAGAACAGUGAGUUGAUGUGUGGUAGUAUGGAUAAGGGAACUCUGGGAUCUGGAUCCAAGAACAACAUAUUCUACAUCCUGCUGAGGGACUGGGGUCAACAGGAAGCAGCUGACGCCAUGUCACGCCUUGCCCGCCUCGCCCCUGUUUACCUCUCCAAUCGAGGGUUCUCCAUCGGGAUUGGAGACGUGACGCCCGGUCAGGGUCUGCUCAAGGCCAAACAGGAGCUGCUGGACGCCGGUUAUAAGAAAUGUGAUGAGUACAUUGAAGCCCUGAAGACGGGCAGAUUACAGCAACAGCCGGGCUGCAGCGCUGAGGAAACUCUAGAGGCGUUAAUCCUGAAGGAGUUAUCUGUCAUCAGAGAUCACGCUGGCAGUGCAUGUCUGAGAGAACUGGACAAGAGCAACAGUCCUCUGAUCAUGGCGCUCUGUGGAUCUAAAGGUUCAUUUAUUAAUAUUUCUCAGAUGAUUGCAUGUGUCGGACAGCAGGCCAUCAGCGGCUUUCGCGUUCCAGAUGGAUUUGAGAAUCGAUCACUGCCGCACUUUGAGAAGCACUCCAAACUCCCUGCCGCUAAAGGUUUCGUGGCUGACAGCUUUUACUCGGGUUUGACGCCCACCGAGUUCUUCUUUCACACUAUGGCUGGACGAGAAGGUCUGGUUGAUACUGCAGUAAAGACAGCUGAGACGGGAUACAUGCAGAGGCGUCUGGUGAAGUCUCUAGAAGAUCUUUGCUCUCAGUAUGAUCUGACGGUGCGCAGCUCGACCGGUGACAUCAUCCAGUUCAUCUACGGUGGAGACGGACUCGAUCCAGCUGCCAUGGAGGGAAAAGACGAACCUCUAGAGUUCAAAAGAGUCCUCGACAACAUCAAAUCGGUGUAUACCUGUUCAAGUGAGCCGGCCCUCAGCAGGAACGAACUGGUGAUGACGUCAGACUCCAUCAUGAAGAGAAAAGAAUUCCUGUGCUGCAAGGACACAUUUCUGGAGGAAAUCAGAAAGUUCAUGAUAACGGUUUCUGAGAAAGUAAAAAAGACGCGCGACAAAUAUGGCAUCAAUGACAACGGAACAACAGAGCCUAAAGUUCUGUACCAGCUGGAUCGGAUCACUCCCACACAGCUGGAGAAGUUUCUGGAAACCUGCAGGGAUAAAUACAUGAGGGCACAGAUGGAGCCGGGCUCUGCGGUCGGCGCGUUGUGCGCUCAGAGCAUCGGAGAGCCCGGCACACAGAUGACACUUAAAACGUUUCACUUCGCUGGAGUCGCUUCUAUGAACAUCACACUGGGAGUCCCUCGUAUCAAAGAGAUCAUCAAUGCAUCCAAGAACAUCAGUACGCCCAUUAUAAGUGCCAACCUGGAUAUCAACGAUGACCCAGAUUUCGCUCGCCUGGUGAAAGGACGUAUCGAGAAAACUCUUCUGGGAGAGAUUUCAGAGUACAUUGAGGAAGUCUUCCUGCCUGAUGAUUGUUUCAUCCUGGUCAAGUUGUCACUUGAGAGAAUUCGUCUUCUGCGGUUGGAGGUGAACGCAGAAACGGUGCGGUACUCCAUCUGUACGUCUAAGCUGCGGGUGAAACCGGGCGAUAUCGCGGUGCACGGAGAGGCUGUCGUCUGUGUGUCACCGAGAGAAAACAGCAAGAGCUCCAUGUACUACGUGCUGCAGUCGCUCAAACAGGAGCUGCCCAAAGUGGUAGUCCAGGGAAUUCCUGAAGUGUCUCGUGCUGUCAUUCACAUUGACGAGCAGAGCGGGAAACAGAAGUUUAAACUUCUGGUGGAGGGAGAUAACCUCAGAGCUGUCAUGGCAACGCACGGCGUCAACGGCAACAGAACAACAUCCAACAACACAUAUGAGGUGGAGAAGACGUUAGGCAUCGAAGCAGCAAGAUCGACCAUCAUUAAUGAGAUCCAGUACACCAUGGUAAACCACGGUAUGAGUAUCGACCGCAGACAUGUCAUGCUGCUGGCUGAUCUCAUGUCUUAUAAGGGUGAGAUUCUGGGGAUCACUCGCUUCGGCCUCGCUAAGAUGAAGGAGAGCGUUCUCAUGCUGGCGUCCUUUGAGAAGACGGCAGAUCAUCUGUUCGACGCGGCGUAUUUCGGCCAGAAAGACUCUGUCUGUGGUGUGUCCGAGUGCAUUAUAAUGGGAAUUCCCAUGAAUAUCGGCACUGGACUCUUUAAGCUGUUACACAGUGCUGUGAAGGACCAGAAUCCGCCCCGCAGGCCUUUGCUCUUCGAUAAUCCUGAUUUCCAUAUUUCAAUAGCUCCAUAACCCUCGUGCUUCCUCCACUAUCCUGUUUUUGGAUUGUUUCAGCCCCUGUUGAGUGUAAUGACUGUUUACUACAACUGUGUCAUUAAGUUCUGAAACAAAAUGUUUUGCCUUUUUUUUUGUUUGUUUGUUUUUUUUUUUACUGUUUGCGGUUAAAAAAAGAAUAAUUUUGUGCCUUUUCCCUUGCUAAACUGUUUGCAAUAUGCCAAGGAAUGUUGGCAAGGAUGUUGUCAUGAAUGACGACACCAUUUAUGGUGUUAAAGGUUAAAGUUUUAUUAUUAUUAUUAUUAUUAUUAUCGCAACGAUAAUAGAGCUCUUCUUCAAUUGUCUUCCGAUCAUAUGGGCCUUUAUUAGGAUCCCUACAAACGUUUGGCUGUUUUUCUCAUUUUGAAAUGGUUAUGAGAUUGAAUUCCUUACUAACCAUCUGUUAAAUAGAUUAAAUGCACUUAAAGUUUGAUCAGAUUACGAUUUAAAUAAUUUACAUACAUUGUUUCUGACCUGACAGGGUCAAGUCUAAUUUAUGCAACUGAAAGAGGUGUGUAUUUGGUUUUCGUUUUGUUUAGUCCUUUGACUAUUAUAAAUGAAUAUUUAUGUAAAUAUGUAUCAGGUGUGAAUAAAAUAUACGUUAA